AUGAGCUCUCAGAGUCCUCUGAGAGGAGGCCCGGAGUCCAGCAGCCCGGCAGCCUCGCCCGGCAGCGGGGGUGCCUUCGUGGCCCUGCCCGGCUGCCCGCCCGACCGCCCCGAGGAGGAGUGCGCCUCCCCGCUGCCUGCGCCCGGCGCCCCCGGCCUCUCCUCGCUGCUCGUGCCCGGCCUGCCCCUCCCGGUGCCGCUGCAGGCGGACUGGCACGGCGCGCGGGCGGCCUGGGGCCCGGCCUGGGAAGCGCACGUCUACGGGGCCGGCGCCCUCUUCGCGCUGCAAGCCCUCCUCGCCCUGCUGGGCCUCGCCGCCCUGCCCUGCCGCUGCCCGCCCGACGGCCGCCUCUUGGCGCCGCUGCAGCUCCUGCUGGCCGGGGCCGGCGCGGCGAGGGCCCUGCCGCUGCUUGUGCUGGGCGAGGAGGUCUGCGGGCGCCCGGGCCCUUGGCCCCCCCUGGCCGCGUGGCUGCUCCACGAACUGCCGCUGCCCUGCCUGACGUCGGCGCUGGCCCUGGCCUGGCUCCUGCUGCUGCCGCGCCGCCCUCCCGCCGCCUGGCUGGCCGCUCUGCUGCCCGCCUUGCACUUCGCCGCCGCCGCGGGCGCCGUCCUGGCCGCCCAGCGGCUCCCCCAACUCGCCCCCUUCCUGCUACUGGCCGCGCGGGGCCUCUUCGCCCUCCUGGCCGCCCCCCUCGCCGCCGCCCUCCUGGCCCGGGCCUCCUGCUGCUGCCGCUGCCCCCGCCGGGCCAAGGGCGCCACCGCCACCUGCCCUCCCCGCCCGGCCGCCCGCUGGCGCCGCGCCGCCGCCCUCCCCGCAGCCCUCGCCGGCCUCCUGAGCGCCGCGCUGCACGGCUACGGCCUCCUGCACGCCUUGGGCUACGGCCUGCGCGCCCCGCUCCUCGGGCCCUGGGCCUGGUGGGCGCUGCAGCUGGCCGGGCGGCUGGGCGAGGCGGGCGUGGGCCUCCCCCUGGCCGCCGUGGGCCUCCCCCUCCCCGCCGCGCCCUCCUCCUCCUCCUGCCGCUGCUGCGCCGAGCGGGUGGCCGCCAAGGCCCAGCAGAGCCUGCCCCGCCACUGCCCCUGGGCCCUGGCACAAGCCCCCGACGGCAAGCCCCCCCCCGGCGAGGAGGCCCGCGGCCCCGCCCACCACCUGCCCCUCGGCGCCCUCCGCGCCCCCUCCCUCCUCGACGCCGACCCCACCGCCGACUUCCGGCCGCCCUCGCCCAUCGACUUGCGGCGCAGCAUAGACGAGGCGCUCUGCAGCUGCGAGGGCCUCUUCCUCGCCGACGCCCCGACGGGGCCCCCCUCCUCGGCCGCCAGCACCCUCUCGCUACGCCUCGCCCCCGCGCCCUCCGACGACGACGGGGACAGCCCCCUCUGCCGCGCCGCCUCCUGCGUCCAGCUGCUGCCCUCCGUGCCCACCGCCCCCGCCUCGCCCCAGCCCUGCGCCGCCAGCAGCGGCUCCACCGACGCCUCCUCCCUGGCGCUCACCCCCAGCCCCACCCGGGCCCGCUCCCCGCCGCCCCCCGGCCGGCAGUACUGGGCCCGGCCCCCCGCCUCCCUGGAGUCUCUGGCCUCGCUCGGGGGGCGGCAGCGCGGCGGCGGCGGGGGGACAGAGGCCGCGCUCCUGCAGCAGGAGUUCCUCGACGUCUGCCGCCAGAUCGACGCGCUCAGUCUCGCCAGCGACACCAUCGACUUGUAG